AUGGUUCUCUGUUCCUCGCUGUUUUCCCGUGCUUCUGACCUGCCGUUUUAUCACAAUAACAGGCACCUCCAGACCGUGGACGACCCGUACACGCGGUCCAACUGGAUGAGCUGCAAGAAGCAGGUACAGGACGAGCUCGACCUCACCAAGAGCCUCGAGUACGAUCGCCAGGUCUUCAAGGAGCCGGCGGGGUCUGCAGCCUUCUCGUGCAACCCUCGCUACACCAACGGCCACUCGCCUGUGUCUUCCGGCAGGCACCACGACGACUCGUUCGACGCGCCGUUUGGCUCUCAGGAUCCAGAUGUCUGGAGGCCAGCACCGUCCAGGGACCUCACUUCCCCCACCAAUAAUCGCCGUGCGUCCGCUGUCGGCCGCGUAGGCGGGAGAGCAGGCGGCGGUUUUGACAGCGGCAGCAGGCAGAGCAGCCGAGGAACCUCCCCCGGGUCGUUUGGCCGGUCGCCUGGUAUGCAGGGAGGUGCCAGUGCGAGUAAAACGACGCCUGGCGGGGUAGCUGGUGUGCGAUCACGCAUAGGAGGCGCAGGGUCGCGUAAUAGCAUAGGUUCGGAUGCGCAAGCAUCGAAACGAGCAGGGGCGGAGCGAGGGGCCGACGCGCGGAACAGGCGAGUGUCCGUGGGUGCUGUGAUCAACAGCGCUGUUGGCAAGCCCAGGGAACCUAAAGGCCCGCCCAGCGACCCACCAUCGGAGGAGGAGGGCAAGGAGGUGGUACCGCGCAAGCCACGGUUUGAGGGGUCGGACCCCGAGCUGGUGGCCAUGCUGGAGAGGGACGUGCUGGAGUCGUCGCCUGGCGUGCGCUGGGGGGACAUUGCAGGCCUGGCUGACGCCAAGCGACUGCUGGAGGAGGCUGUUGUGCUGCCGCUGCUCAUGCCCGACUACUUCCAGGGCAUUCGAAGGCCGUGGAAGGGAGUGCUGAUGUUUGGCCCGCCAGGGACGGGCAAGACGCUGCUGGCCAAGGCAGUAGCGACAGAGUGUGGCACGACGUUCUUCAACGUGUCCUCCGCCACGCUCGCGUCCAAGUGGAGGGGCGAGAGCGAGCGCAUGGUGCGCUGCCUCUUUGAGAUGGCCCGUGCUUAUGCCCCCUCCACGGUGUUCAUUGAUGAGAUCGAUUCGCUCUGCACGUCACGAGGUGCGGCGGGCGAGCAUGAGUCGUCUCGGCGGGUGAAGUCGGAGCUGCUGGUGCAGAUUGACGGCAUGAACAACGCAGCAUCACCGGAUGGCGAGCGCAAGAUUGUCAUGGUGCUCGCCGCCACCAACUUCCCAUGGGACCUCGAUGAGGCGCUGCGCCGUCGGCUGGAGAAGCGAAUUUACAUCCCUCUGCCACCGCAUGACAGUCGAGCUGCCCUCAUGAACAUUAACUUGCGCUCACUUGAGCUGGCUUCGGAUGUGGACAUUGAUGAGCUGGCAAAGCGUACGGAUGGCUACAGUGGUGACGACAUCACCAACAUAUGCAGGGACGCAUCAAUGAAUGGAAUGAGGCGGAAGAUUGCAGGCAAGACACCAGAGGAGAUUCGUAGCAUGACCCGGGAGGACAUGAAUGAGCCUGUGACCAUGGCUGACUUUGAGGUCGCGCUCAAGAAGAUUCAACCUAGUGUCGCCGAUAUCACCUCAGCGCUGGAGAACGAACCAAGAAAAGAUCUCCACAUUGUCAGGCGUAUGAGGUUAGUUGUGUUCGAGGUGCCUCCACUACUGCUGGAUCUCGCCACGCCCCAGCAGCUCCACCUGCGAGUCGGCCAUAGCGUAGUACAGCAGAUCCGCCUCCGCCAAUCUGUUAACUCGCGGCUCGUCUCGUCAACCCGACCGCACACCAUGGCGUCGAGGUCAUCUGCGCUGCGAUCCGCCGCUCUCAAGGGCGCGAGCCUCCUUCUCGGCUCCCGCGCCCAGCCCCGCCUCUCCCCCGCCAUCCACGCCGCCGCCGCCGCCGCCACCGCACCCGCGCGCAACAUCACGUCCGUCGCCGCCGCCUCCAUCCCCGCCGCGUCGGACGAGACCCCCAUCCCGGUCGACAUCGCGGUGCCGUUCAAGGGCCACCGCAUCGAGCCGCCUUCCACGUCCGUUACAACAACGCCCAAGGAGCUGAUUAAGUUCUUCUUCGACAUGUUCCUCAUGCGGCGCCUCGAGAUCUCCUCGGAUUCGCUGUACAAGGCGAAGCUGAUCCGCGGAUUCUGCCACCUGUACGACGGGCAGGAGGCGGUGUGCGUGGGCAUGGAGGCAGGCCUCACAUACGACGACUGCAUCAUCACGAGCUAUCGCGACCACUGCACGCACAUCGGCCGCGGCGGCACCGUGCUGGAGGUGAUCGCGGAGCUCAUGGGGCGCGUCGCGGGGUGCAGCAAGGGCAAGGGCGGCUCCAUGCACAUGUACAACAAGGCGACGAAUUUCUACGGCGGGAACGGAAUCGUCGGCGCGCAGACGCCGCUGGGAGCGGGGCUGGCGUUCGGGCAGAAGUACAGCAACGUGCCGGGCGUGACGCUGUCCAUGUACGGCGACGGCGCGGCGAACCAGGGCCAGCUGUUCGAAGCGAUGAACAUCGCGGCGCUGUGGGAUCUGCCCGUGAUCUUCGUCUGCGAGAACAACCACUACGGCAUGGGUACUGCGGAGUGGCGCGCCGCCAAGAGCCCCGAGUUCUACUGCCGUGGCGACUACGUCCCCGGCCUUAAGGUGGACGGCAUGGAUGCGCUGGCCGUGAAGCAAGCCGUGUCGUACGCCAAGGCACACGCGCUCAAGAACGGACCUAUCGUGUUGGAGAUGGACACGUACAGGUACCACGGGCACUCCAUGUCGGACCCGGGCAGCACGUACCGCACGCGCGAGGAGAUCUCGGGCGUGCGGCAGGAGCGCGACCCCAUCGAGCGCAUCCGCAAGCUGCUGCUCGCCAAGGAGGUCGUCACCACCGCCGAGCUCAAGUCGCUCGAGAAGGAGGCCAAGGCGCUCGUGGAGGCGGACAUUGAGAAGGCCAAGGCGUCGCCCUUCCCCGACCCCAAGGAGCUAUUCACAGACACCUUCGUCAACAACAAGGGCACCGAGUUUUAUGGUGCCGACCGGGUCACGACUCAUAUUCUACACACAAUGGCCCCUGCAUUAGUUGCUUCUCAGGCUUUGAUAGCUCAGUGCAUCGGCCUCGCUGCAGGUGCCAUAGCUGUGAAGUCUAUGAUGGAUCACGAGGCUUCCAUGGCUCCUCCAAUGAACCCCUGUGCAACUUGUCAUGGCACGAGGAAAAUUCCGUGCAUGUGCAACAAAUGGUCGGACGGAGAUGUGGGUUGCGGUACAUGCCACGGGUCUGGCCGGAUGCUGUGCAGCAGCUGUGGAGGCUCCGGUAAAGGACGGCCAGCACAGGCUCGCGUCACAGUGCGGAGUUCGUCAAAAUACUAG